AUGGCCGCCUUCUCCUACGGUGGCUUGGAGCCUUAUAUUUGCUCAGAUGAGGAACUGGAGACCGACGAGAGCGAGGAAGAGGCUGAGGACGACCAUGUCAAUCUUACGCUUGCGAACGUCAAAGAAGGAACCGAGCUGCAACAGCCAGCCCAAGCACCGCUGAACUUCUGUCUUGGCACCAGUGAGUGCAACACGCACAUACUGCGAUGGGAGACAGCAUGGAAGAAGCUCUUUCAACGAGAGUCAGGCGUGCGACAAAAUAAGAUGAAUACUACAAAGAUGGUUGAGGGGAGCCUAACCAUCUGCAACAAUAGCCAUCUCAAGGUUUUUGAGCCACGUAAAGGGGACAGCACAAACUUCAUAUCGAAACCCUUUGAGGAACACAAGGAGCUUUCCGAGAUAUGGAAAACACUCAGCUUCCUCAUCUUCGCGAUGGAGUACAGAGUGGAAAUGAAAGACGGGUCGGUCCUCUUGCAAACUGAGGACUCAGAGGGAAAUUUUACCCAGACAGCCGAGUUCUAUCCCUUCCAGCGUCAAUUGACCACACGUGCAGAGUGCAAGAUGGAUGACCUUGUCUUGAACACCAUCGUCAACAAGGCGAAAGUACAGAAGGGUAAAAAAAAGUUGCACCUUUUGUAA